AUGACGACUAAGUCAUCAAUACAAAAUAUUAAGUCAAGAUUUUCAAGUAGUAAUAGUGCACAUAGCAUGGCAACAAAUGAUAAUGAUAAAAAACAAAGUCGAAUACAUGUUAAAAAACCAUUUAGUACAACAAAUUUUUUACAAAAUAAUUCAACGACAAAUGGUUUUACUAACCAUUUUAAAAAACGGACAUUACAAUUAAAUAAUUUUUUUCAUUCAAAACUAAGAACUAACUGCUCAAAUGAGCCAACGCAUAAUCAUCAAUCUGAUGAACGUUCGACAUCACCACCACAUGUCUUUCAUGCUAUUGCUCCAGCUUCAUCAGAAGAAAUAAAUAAAUCAUCACAAUAUGCUCACAAUGAACAAAAGCCCCAUGACGAAUCGAAAUCACCUUUGCAUCCUCGUAUCAAUCAUGUACUUGCUCAUACUGUAAUCAAAGCAAUGACAACCGAUCAUCAUUCAGCUGUAACACAAUCCAAUAAUUCAGAGGAAGAUGAAAACUCGCCAAAAUUUUAUCCUGUAUUAUCAUCAAUAGAUGCUGAUGCUGAUGAAUCUGAUAAUAGCCCUAAUAAAACUACGAAAAAGCCACGUCGUUUACAAAAAACACAUCGAACAAGUAUUGCAUCGCUACAACAAAAAUAUGAAAACAAUAAUUGUAAAGAUGAACAACAACAAUCAAGUUCUGAUGAAAAUGAAAAUAAAGAAUCAAAUUUAAUCACAAACGGACACAAUGAACGAAGAACAAAAUUAUCAUUAGUUAAACGAUUCGACCGUUUACCAGCAGCAACAACAAUUGAUAAGGAUAAAAAACAAAAAUAUGAUUAUUAUCAUCCAUUAGAUAAUCUUGAAUCGAAAUUAACGGCAACAAAUGAAUCAACAUCAUUGAAUCCAAAAAUGACUGUAUCAACAAAUCAAUCAUCUGUAAAAAAAGUUAAUCGAUUUCAAGUUAAAUCAAUACGUAAAUCUCAACAACCACAAAUUAUGUUAGCCAAUACAGUUGCAGCUAAAUCUUCAAAUAAUGAUGAUUAUUCUGUAUCAAAUAAAAGUUCAAAUUUAUCAUCAAAAUCAUCCUCUAUUGAAAGACAACAUACAAAUACACCAACAACUGAUAUAGAAAAUCCAGUAAUGAAUACAAAUCAUACAGUUAAUGGUACUAUUUCAACAUCUAUUAGUGUUGAAAGUGGACAUAAUCAUGUCUGUUUUCAAGCUACGUCACAUGAAAAACAAGAUUCAGCUGCCGAUGAUGAAAAAUCACCUAAUCUAACAGUUACAGCAGUUACAGUACCACUUACAACUCCACAUUCAUCAACAGCUUCAGCACAAGGAGAGGAUGAUGAAGAAGAAGAAGCAGUUGCUAAAAGUCCCGAUAAUCGUUUUAUCAAAUAUGCAAAAGAAAUUGGUCGUGGUGCAUUUAAAACAGUUUAUCGUGGUUUAGAUACUGAAACAAGUGUUGCUGUUGCUUGGUGUGAAUUACAAGAUUUUGCACAAUUUGAUAAACAUGAACGAGCACGUUUUAAAGAAGAGGCUGAAAUGUUAAAAAAAUUACAACAUCCAAAUAUAGUACGAUUUUUUGAUUUUUGGGAAGAAACAAAUCCAAGAACAAAUAAAAAAGUUAUUAUUCUUGUUACAGAAUUAAUGACAUCUGGUUCUUUAAAAGGAUAUAUACGUAAAUUUAAAGGACAAAAAGAAGAAAAACGUAUUAAUGUAAUGAAAAAAUGGUGUCGUCAAAUUCUUAAAGGUCUUGCUUAUUUACAUAGUCGUAAUCCUCCUGUUAUACAUCGUGAUUUAAAAUGUGAUAAUAUAUUUGUAUCGAGUACAACUGGAAGUGUUAAAAUCGGUGAUCUGGGUUUAGCCACAUUUAAAACUCAAACAUUUGCUAAAAGUAUGCGUGGUACUAUGGAAUUUAUGGCACCAGAAAUGUUUGAUGAAAAAUAUGAUGAACUUGUUGAUAUAUAUUCAUUUGGUUUAUGUAUGUUAGAAAUGAUGACAGGUGAAUAUCCAUAUAUUGAAUGUAAAGGACCAACAGCUGUUAUAAAACGUGUUACAGCUGGCUUAAAACCGGAUUGUUAUUAUAAAGUUGAAAGUGAAGAUGUACGAGAAGUGAUUGAUUGUUGUAUACGUACAAAGAAAGAAGAACGUUUACCUGUACAUGAAUUAUUACAACAUUCAUUUUUUCUUGAUAAUAAUGGAUUACGUAUUGAUUUUGUACGUGAUCCAACUAAUCAUUCACAAGUUAUGGUUACAAAUAAUUCAAUUAAUUUAAAAUUAAAAGUUGUUGAUAAAACAAAACGUAAAUCAUUAUGGACAGAACAUGAAGCUCUACUUUUUCGAUAUAAUUUAACAACUGAUACACCUGAACAAAUAGCUGAUGAACUUAUUAAAACAAAUUAUAUAUUUGAUGAAGAUAAAAAAUUUGUUAUACAAUCAAUUAAAGAUCGAGUUCGAGCUUAUCAAUAUGAACUAAUUGAUCGACAAGCUGGAGUUUUUGGUCCAGAUGGAAAACCUACUAUUAGUCAAACAUCACAAUCAUCGUUUACUGGACAACAACAACAACAAAUACCAACACCUCAGCAACAAGUUUUGCCAUUAUCACAACAACAAGUUGCAUUCCUUCAGCAACAACAGCAAGUACCACCAACACAACAACAAUCGGGACCUCCAUUAUUAGCACAACCUCAAGUAUCACUUCCUUCUAUGCCAUCAACACUUCCAGUAAUUCAACAACCACCGAUGGAAGUACAACAGCAACAACAACAACAGCAGAUGGUUAAACCAUUAUCAGAAAUCUCAUCAACUAAAUCAGUUGGAGUAACAGAACCAAUAGCAAUUCCACAGCUACCUGAACAUGGAACAAGUGUAUCUGGUUCAGCUGGUAGUCUUGAAAUACUUAAUGAAGCAUUAAAAAAAACCUUUACGAAAAGUAAUACGUCUCCAAAUACAAAUACUACAUCAGCGAUUACCAAUGACAUUAGUGAGCAAAUAAUAUCAUUGGCUAAUCAAGAUGAUUCAUCGGUUUUAAGACUGGGAAGUGAUACUGCUGUUGUUGAUCAACAACAAAUCGAUGAAUCUGUAGUACCAUUGCCUGUUGAAUUGACUACAAAUAUUUUUCAUCUAUCGACACCAUCAACAUUACAGACUCAAUCUCAACCAACGACAAUGUUAACUACUUCCCAACAACAAAUGUUACAAAAUCCUCUUCUUCUAACUCAACCGUCACACAGUUUUUCUUAUUCAACAGCACCUCCUGCUCAACAUCUUAUCACUACAAUCUUACCAAAUGAUACUAUAAAGCAACCAAUAACUUCUUCUUUGACGACAGCACUAGUACCAACGGAGACUAUUGAAAAUAGUCUCCUAUCAACAUCUUCUGCAUAUAUAAAUGAAACACUGCAACCUUCUAUUCCGUCAGAUACAUUAGCGACUCCUCAGCAACCUAUAUUGGGUAGUUUAGAACAACUCGAUGCGCUUCUUAAAGACACAUUCAAAGCUUCCAGUAAAACUGCUGCUACAACAAAUAAUAGUGAUACAGAAUUAACAAAUACAAACGUUUCCUCAAUUCCAUUAAUAAUCAAUGAUGAAAUUUCAUCAAAAACAAUCGAAAUCGAAUCCGAUUUAAUCAAUAAAUUUGAUGAAAAAAACCGAGAUUCUAAUCCUAUAGUAUCAUCAUAUACUCAUUCAGAACCAAAUACAUCAUCAAUAAUUAUUCCUAAACCUAUUCAACAAGUUAAAUCACAACCAACAAGUCAAAUUCCAACAUAUUUUGAUCCAUUAAUAUCAUCUGAAAACAAUAUUGGUGAAUUAGAUACAUUACUUCAAACUAUCAAUGAAAGAUCAGUAUCUAAUGAUGAUACAAUAGUUGCUACAUCAUCAAAUGAUUUAUCUGAAAUUAAAUCAAUGAUAUUUGAUUUAACUAAAACAGUAUUAAAACGAAUGGAUAUUAUUGAAAGUAAAAUUGAAGAACAUAAAAAUCAAACCAGACAACUUAAUAAUUUAUUAACAAAAACUGUUUUACCAUCGUUUAUUGAUUUAGCAACUAUUGUUCAUGAGACACCAAAUUUAGAUCCUAGUGUAAAGACUAAACUUGAAAAUAUUCAAACGAAUAUUCGAAUAAUACAGCAACAGAAACAAACUGAUAUGAAAGAUUUGAUGGAAAUUUAA